CUCCUUUUCUACACUGACCCUUGUUAAAGCCCCUCUCCAUGAUCACAAAUCGUCUUUUCUAUUCGCUCUGUCUGUCCUGUCAGUCCACUGGCUGGUAAUCAAUACACGCGUAUGAUCUUCACAUUUUUACUUGUUCUGUCAAACAUUUACCCUUCCUAUUUAACUUUUUAAUCGCUUCUUUUUACUUCUCCUUCCUCCUCAUCUAUCCCUUCCCUCCUCCCUGUUCACUUUAAAUCUUGUACAUAAACAUAUUCUUUUAUUCCCCUAUUCUCUUUUCUCUUCUCAUAUUCUUGUAUAUAUCCCGCGAUGACUGAACAGCAAGACGAACAGUAUGAACAACACGAUCAGAAUGUGUUGUCUUCAGUAGUCAGAAUACAUUAUGAAGAAGAUAAUGAUGAAAUAGAUCAUUCCCGGAACCGAGUCUCUGAACAGUCACCUCUAAUCACACCCACGCCAAGAGAAGAUGCAGGAACAAAAGUUAGUCUACACCGUACUCAAGAUGGUAGUGGUCACAGUAUGCAGGCACUCCCACGAAAAUCAACCCAUUCGAUAUCAAGGCAUACUAAUGAGCAACAACAGAACGAGGUAUUGACAACGACGUGGACUGAAUGGACAAUUAAAAAUGGACUUCAUCCUAGCACUUGGACAAAACAUACAUACUUUCGAGCACUAUUGUUGACGACACUGAUAACAUUGGUGGUCUUGGCAUUCACUGUCUUCAGGGUACAAGAUCGUGUCAAAGAGAUUUUGCAUUAUGUUGAUGACCAUAAGAGCAUGGGUGCUCUUCUGUUUAUCUUGUUUUAUACAAUUGCGAUAUGGCUUUUUUUGCCAGGAUCCCUCUUUACCAUUGGAGCAGGCUUUUUGUUCAAGCCCAUACCGUUUGCACUGGCUAUUGUUCUUGUUGGAGAUGCCUUUGGUGCAAUGGGAUCGUUUUUAUUUGGCCGUUACAUCUUUUAUGAUUGGGUCAAGGGCAUGAUGUCACAACAUCCAAAAUUCAAUGCGUUGGACGAAGUGAUCAAAGAUGAUGGCUGGAAAAUAGUCGUAAUGUUGCGCCUGACACCAAUCCCCUUCAACUUGAUCAGCUACUUCUUUUCUAUUACCUCAAUUUCGCUUCACACUCUUGUCUGGGCAACCUUAGUCGGCGUGUUUCCAGGAUCUUGUCUCGGUAUUUGGAUCGGUUCCUUGCUCAAGGGUCUCUCUGGAAUCGAUAACCCAGAGUUGGAGACCAAAAAUAUCGUCAUUUUGAUUAUGAAUGGCAUUUUUAUCGUGUGCUCCAUCGUGACCCUGUCCAUCUUUGGGAAGAGGUCUUUACGCAAGGCAAUGCGGAAGCUCGACCGACACCAUCACCAUUAUCGCCCCCAGCAGGAUCAUGAAAGCGAAAUUGAUGGAGAGACACAAGAGGAGGACGGAGGACAGCUUGCCCCCCCGUUAACAGAUGCAAUUGCAUCUGAAGUCAUUGAUGCUGAGGCAAGGGUGGUCAAGGCUCAAACAUCGAUGGGGUUCACUCGUGGUGAAAAGUGGGUAUUUGCUGGAAUCGCAGCUGUAGCUGUCAUCAAUAUUUGUGUUUGUAUACCACUCUAUUUCCACUAUGCUAGCCAAGGAGAGUAGUAUAAUAAAAAGACUCAAAGGGUCAUCAUCAU